AUGUCUCGCGAACUGGACAGUCCCCCACUCGGUGCUUUUUUUCUUUCCUUUAAAUUUUCCAAUGAGAUCCUCCAGCUGCUGUUGACUUCUUCCCUUUCAACCUCACACAGGUCAACAGACCUACUCCUGCCUGCUCAUUAUGAAACGAACGCGCUGGCAGCGUUUGGGGCAGGCAGCUGGAUUCCAUGGAUUUUUUUCAGUCCAAACCUCUUGAGGCUCCGAAACUUUGAAGAAGUUGUCGCCCUCCACGCUUUUUUAUGCAAAAGAAUACAUAAUGUUGAAUCCGGUGCAAUAGUUUCAGCCUUGUCUGAUCUAGAGCCAACACCACACGCUUUCGCUCGCAUUUGUCCUGAUGGCACCUUUGCUAACAUCAAUUGGAUAGGUAAAUAUCUUGCUCUCCAGCCUUUCUGGCGCACAUUGUCCCGACACCCACAGGCAUCAUCCACCACACAUGAGGAAGAUUUGAACGAACGGGCGGACAUAAACGAACCUCGGCGCCCUUUACCAGAAACAAACGGGGGCGUACAAUCCCCGUGGUGCUGGGUGUCCGGGGCUUCUUGUUGA